AUGAAAUGGAAGGAUGAUUAUCACCUACUUAAGGCAGUACUGGAAUCAUAUGUACCUGAAGAAGUGGAGGCUCCAUACAUAAAUAAAGCUAAAGAAAGCAUGGAUAGUCUUUUCGUAACAUCAAGAUUGAUUAGUUUGAUUGCAACCUCUUCAAUUUGAUAUUAUCUUUAUAUUAGAAAAAAUAUUUGGCACGGCCGCCGGCCUCUGCUCAAUCACUAUUCAAAAGUUUUUUAUACAGCAGGAAUUAUUGUGCUUAUAUGGCAAAUGCCUGAAAUAUGUUAUGCUAUGAAAGGCACUGAAAUGUUGCAAGAAAUGUCUCAAACGAAAUUCCCAAUCAGUUCAUUUAUAGCAUCAAAGCAAAUGGAAGGACAAGCUCAAAAUAAAGAGAAAAGCUAA